ACUAUAAAUAUAUAUCAUACAUACUCAAAAUUACAAAAGCUUACUGUGACAGAGAUGCAAGGGGGGAUAUAGCAACUAUAUUUUUGGAGAAGCAUGGUGUGAGUGGGAUGCUGUUACAGGUAUAAAUUCUACCUCCAGGAAAAUUGUUAUGAUGAUACAUUAAUGAAUUUUACACCAGUUAAUAGAUCAUUCUUAUAAGAAAGUAAAAUAAUCCAAUAUGAAACGGAUGCACUUCAUACACUUUUAUAAAUUAAAAAAUAAACAUUCAUUCAUUCAUUUUCAUCCAUGGCUUUGCUGCAAAACUGAUCAACAGAUAGAUCAAAUUAAGCAUCAGUAAUAGCAAUGUUAGACCAUUCUUAAUAAGUGUAUAUGAAGUGCUAUAAGUAAUCCCUAACUUAAAAUUAUUUAUAGGGACUGCUUUAAGCCAGACCAAUGAACUGCUGAGAAACUUUUUGAAUUAUCUACAUUUAAUUUGUGGCAUAUGAUGGGUGGAUGAUUCACUGUCUAUAAUAAUGUCCAUAUUAUGCAAUAAUUAAUUAUUGUUUUACUAUUAUUAACAUUUUAUUUCAAAGAAAAAUAUUAAUAUCUUUCAUUUCAAUUUUUCAGCACAUGGCUUACACCGAGGAAAUUUACCCCAUGAUGGGGUGUGUCAUAAAUGUUAAAUCUAAAUUUUUGAAAGAGCGGCCUUCAGGAAGCGCAGUGAUACUCAAUCCCAAGCUAGGAAUUAUUAUUUCUCAUGGGACUCUUUUAGCAGAACUCGUUACAACAAAUCAUACUCUUAAAUCAAAUAUUAUUGAUGGUAAAUUUAUUAAGAAGAAAGCCCUUAAAGAAACAGUAUUUGAAGUAUUAAUCGAUAAACAGUGGAAACCACAACAUUCUACAAAUCAACAACCAUUAGAUGUUAAUAACACAUCUCAAAAAGCAUAUCAGUCUGCAAGCAAUUUUGACACUGUAACAUCUGCAUGCUUUACUACACUUCACUGCAAAUUUAUGGGUGCAUUUAAGAACAUAGACUUUCAUAAAGCAGUAAGCAGUAUGAUGCCAAACAGUAAUUGGACAUUUGAUGCUGGUCAACCUGGUGACGUAACAAUUGAUAGUCAGAGUUCUUCAAACCAAGAAAGCUCUACUGAAAACAGCAAAGUUUACUUCAAUUUGCUUAGCUAUUUUAUCUUUUUUCAAACAGUGCCACUGAUCCUUCAGGAAAGUAAUGCAUUCAAUUUUUUUAGAAAUGUAAAUGCACCACCAAUUAAAAAGUUUCCUUGUGGCAUAGGUGAUGUUGCUGAAAUAAUGGCAACACCUUUUGGUAAUCAAAACCCAUCUGUGUUUUUUAACACCUUUAGUCGUGGUGUAAUAAGUAAUGUGAAUGGUCCUGGUGGCUGUUGGAUUCUGACUGAUGCACGAUGUAUCCCUGGUUCAGAAGGUGGACCACUGUAUACAAAGAAAGUAAAUCAAACUAGGUGAGCACAUGGAAUUAUUGCAGUGAGCUUUUUUUAAUGUGUCCGUUUGAAACUUGUUACCAUAUUGUUUAAUCAUUUAAAUGGUUGAUCAGGAACUGCCAUGUGUCUCUGACCAUUGAGUGAGGGCAUUGAAAACAUAAAUCAUAUUUAAAUCUGUAAUGCCAUGUAAGUUCCUUAAGAGUUUCUAAAAUUGAAUGCACUAUUUCUCAAUAAAGUUUUAUUAAGAUUGUGAAAAGGAAUUUUCUUUUUAAAAAAUAAAUAACUGAAUUCCGUAAGGCCCCUUGUACUGCUGUUUAGGUACAAUAAAUAAUAAUUUAUACUUGUGUUUUUCAGGCUUUUGACAGGUGUGGUUGUUGCUUCCCUUUGCUGGAAGAAUAAAGAGUGGGUUGGUUUUUCCUUAUGUUGCAGUUUGGCCAGCAUUUUCCAUUCAAUACUUAAGCUAAAAAAUAUGAAUUUGUUUGGCAGAGCAGUUCAGGACUUAAGUGACAUUGAUAGUCAACUAAGAUAUACAUCAAGGUUUAAUACAGGUACUAUCUUAUUUCUUUAUUAGAAUUGGAGAAACUCAGGUCAAUUUUUUUAUCCUUCACUGAGUACAAUGGCAUGUAUUUUUAUAUUGUACUUCACAAAAGUUCUUCUUCAAACAAAUAUUUUAAAGUUUAAUGGUCUCUGUAAAGUGUCUUUUUAUGUCAUCCCAAAUUAAAUCUUACUGUUACUUUUAACAUUUUAUCAGAGCUUAAAAACAAACGAAUCCUGUUUAUCAAAACUGAUGAGUAAAAGUAAAACUUUUGAUUUAUUAAAAUAUAAAUAUCAUGUAUCAACAUUUUCAUUUAUAUCCUCAGGCAAGCAGAAUUCAUUGUUGGCAACGACUUUACUAGUCAAAGUUGGUGGCACAUGGGGUUCUGGCGUUGUUAUAAACAAGGAGCUAGGAAUAAUUUUGACUUGUAAUCACGUUAUUAAAGACUCAAAGCAACAUUCAGGUAAAAAUCCCAAUUAGUAAUUUACUCACAUCUCAAAGAUAUGACUUUGUUGUUGGAAUUAAUUUUAAUAUGCACCCAUUCAAUUUUGUUUUUCUGAUCAUUCCAGUAGUUUCUGCAUUUCAGAGGUUUUAAUCACUUUGAAGAGACUUUGGUUCUUCUGUUUUUUAGUAAAACAAGAAAUAAAUUAUUUAUUUAUUUUUAAACUUAAAAUUUUUUUUUUUAAACAUUCUAAAUGUAAUGUUAAGAUUUUCAAUGCCAUAAUAAUAGAAUUAAUCUAAAUGUUCACUUUGUCAGUGAUCGUCAAGCCAUUCCAGGGAUCAAAGGAGUAUUUAGCACAUGUGAUUUUCUGUCAUCAAAAACUUCAUGAUCCAUAUGAUAUUGCAGUGUUAAAAUGUCCUCAGGCCACAUCCUUAAUUCCUGGAAAUAAAGUCCCUAAUAUAUGCUCACCGAAAUUAGGUUAGUGCAGCAGGUCAACAUGUAAGCCCUUGAACUCAAUAGUCUGAGGUGUUCUUUUUAUUAACAAUUAAGUGGAGUCAAGACCUCAAUUCUGGUACUUAAAAAGAAUGAGGUCUAUGUUAUGUUGGUUUGAAUUUAUGACUGUCUACGCCACAAACCAAAAUUUAAGAACUGUUGAAAAGCAAUUUGUGUUGUUUUUUCAUAUUAAAAUUAAUUUUUGAAACAGUGACAGAAUGAGUAUGCAGUGCAAGAGUUUAAAACAUACCCAAAGUAUGUUAAUGCAAACAUACUAUUAUAAUUAUAAUACAAACAAGUUUAUUGUAUAAUUAUAAAAGAAACAUUCUAGUUCUUAAAAACAUAACUCUACUCUCAUUUCAGGUUAGUAUUAGUUUUUAUGCAAUAUUUUUUUUUUUUCUAUAGGGGAGAAAGCAUGGGUUGUGGGUCAUGCCUUAUUCAGUUCUGAUCUUGACCUUCACCCAUCUGUUUCAUCUGGGAUUGUAUCUAAAGUCAUUAGUAUUGAAAGUGAAAUUGUUAUGAUUCAGGUACGGUAAUCGAUAUACCGGUACUAUGCAAAAAAAAAUAUAUUUUCAAACUCCAGCCUUCCUUUUGCUUUAUUAUUAUGUAAAAAAGGUAAACACGAGCUAAAUCAUCACAACAACCUCCCUACCCCAGCCUUACCUGAUCGCAGACCCCCCACUUAUUACAGAAUUUAUUAAACUUUUUUCCUAUGUAAAAAUUUGUCUUUUGUGAUUUUUAAAUUUCUCCUUUUUUAAAACAAAACUCUGAUGCCAAUGACAUGAUAUCUAGGAAAAGUUAACAUGUUUUGUUGUGAACUAAAUGCUUUUUUAUAAAUUUAAAUAUGCUUGGAUCUAUUCUAUGUAUAAUAAUAAAAACUGCAACCAAAUUUUGUGAAAAACAUCUUCUAGUUCAUCAUAAAAGCACAAAAGAUUUAUUUGAAAGCUGUUACCUAUUUUAGCCUCAAAUAAGAGCACAGGCUCGCCAGUAGAGAAGUUAACAUACAUUUUGCUUUAAAAUUUCAUAAAUAUGCAUUAGUGGAGAGUCCCCCUCUAACACACAUUUAACAAAAGAAAUCUCCAAAUCCGACCACCACCCUCAAGUGGUUUUGUAAUAUAAGUCUUGCCUCUAAAUGCUAUGUAGUACAUUAUUUAUAUUUAUGUUUAAUUUGUUUUGAAUUGUUUUUUCAAAUCAAUUUUAAUUUAAAAUUAAAACAUUUUUUAAAGUUUAAUAGUAACAUGUUGUUGAUGUAUGUGUUAUUAAUAGAUAAUUUACAAUUGAAAUUAAAAUAAGAUAAAAUUAAGGAAAGCUUUUUAUCUUAGCUUCAGUUAAUUAAUUUAUUUCAUUUCAGUCAACUUGUGCUGUCCACCCAGGGGCUAGUGGUGGUCCUUUACUUAAUGACCACGGAGAUCUCAUUGGUAUUCUGGUCUGUAAUACCAUGUAAGUCUCAAAUUACACCAUUAAAAUUUAAUACAAACAUUUUAGAUUGGGUAUUAUUUUUAAACUUAGCAAAUAACAAUGUUAUGAUAGGAAUUGCAAAAUUGCAUGUGAACAAGAGGUAAUGGGUUCAAAUUUGUUUGGAGUUGUCAUCAACUGUGGGUAAAUAGUUAGAUGAAAUGGGCUCAGCCCUGUAGUGCAGACAAGGGCUUGGGAAGAAAAUAAAUCUUAAAAUAGAAAACAUCCAACACCAAAGUCAGAAGACAGCUGCACAAGCAGCUGUAGUUUUACUGAAUGUUAACUAAAUCUGGAUUUUAAGAAAAUGCCAGGAUUUCAUUUUUUUUCUUUAAAAAAGAAAAUACAUACCCCAAAAAUGUAUAGAAAUUAAAAAUUAGUAAUUUUAGAGUGCAAUUUAGGCCUCCAUGCCCUCAUACUUUUAUUUAAUAUGCUAAUUUAUUUAAGUAUAUAAAUUAUUAAACACCUUACACAUUCUUAUUUUUGUUAAAAAUAGAGACAAGGGUAGUAACUCAUGUUACCCCCAUCUCAAUAUGAGCAUCCCUGCAUGCAGUUUACUACCUGCCAUUGAUCAUUAUCUUCAGAAAGGAGGUAUAUUUUUUGUAUGAUAUUAACAACAUUUGUAUGUUCAUUUUUCGGUUUAAACUACGGUUACAAUAGGAAAUUAUGAAUUAUGUUGGUAAUCCCUCAAAGAAAUAAUUUUUAAAGCCCUGGAGCCUGUUGCUUUUAUUGAGGAAUCAUUAGGACACGAUAUGUGGAAGCUUGAAUGAAAAGACAGGACAAUAAGAUAUGAAUGUUUCGGUUAAGAGCCUUUGUCAGCAGGCAGAAAAAAUAAAAAUACGACAAGGAUAAAUGAUAAAAAGUCCGACACUUGUACUUGUCCCAAUCUAAGGUUAUUCUUUGUUCUUUUUAGGAUUUUUCUUGUCGUAUUUUCAUAUCUUAUUGUCCUGUCUUUUGAUUCAAUCUCCCACAUUCCUUGUCUUCUAUUUCCUUUACACCGCUUGAAUACAGUCCUUCAUGUAUUAUGAUUUUAUUAACUACUCUUUAUUUAUUUUUUAAAAUGUAAUAAUCUUAAUAUUAACUUAUUAUUAAAAUAAACAUUCCUCUGAAUGCAUGAUUAUUAUGGUGUAUAAAAAAUCUUAAAUGAUAAAGUGCCUUUAAACUGGCCAAGGAAACAAUAGAAAUAUAAGUUGAAAUUGAAUAUGAUUAUUGCUAUGAAUAUAGAGUAAAAAUUUAAUAUCAUUAUUUGCUAUGAAUAUAGAGUUGAGAUUUAAUAUGAUUAUUGCUCUUAAACAAAAAAUAAAAAAAGAAGCAAUAAUUUAUAUUAAGUCUUGUUCUAAAACAGUUGAAAUGUGUAUAACAUUAAUAAAUUAGUAUUUAGUCGGGGCUUUACAUCCAUUUACAGAUACUUCAGACUUUUCUAUUCUUCUGAAAAAGGAUCUAGUUAUUAAAAAGUUGUGGGCAUU